AUGAUUCAGUCCGAGAGAUGCUUCUGUCAUAAUGUCGGAAAUAUUUGUAUGGAAUCCGUGACCGAUAAGGAUCGUAAAGAUUCCAAGAAAGAAAUGAAGCGAAUAAGAAAGGAGAAAGAAAUUUUCAGUUUGUUUUCAUAUGUGAAACAACAGGAACAAAAUAGAAACGAUGAAGAAAAUCAAAAACAGCAAAUUAUUUUCGAGCAACAAGUUAAGGCUUUGAAGGAGCAUUUUGAAGCCAAUUCUACCAACGAAUCUACUGAAAAAGACAAAAAAGAAGUGGAUUGGAAUGAGAUGACAGCCAACGAAUUUCAACGAUACAUUCUUGAAAUGUUGAAGAAGUGCAUUCACAACAUGAGUGAAACGAAUCUAAGUGUGAAAUUCAUGUUAAAAGCAGAACCAUCAGAGCCCUUAACAGAGCACGAAAAGAACUUUAUUCGUGACAAGUUUAGAUAUUUAAUGGACACAACUUCUGUACAGUUUUUUGACAAGAUCACAAAAACCAAUGUCGUUCGACCUGAUUUUCUUGUGUUGGCCAACGACCGAAAAUUUAUUUUCGAUGCCAAGCAUUACAACUCCAAGAGUGUAAGAAAUAAGGACUCAACACUCAUUGGAAAGCAAUUGAUUUUUGGAUCAGGAGCAAGCAGUAAACGAAUGGUGAAGGGAGAGGUUAAUAUUUACGAAAUUGUAAAACUUUACAGAGAUAUUCAUGCAUUUAAGGCAUUGGGUGGAGGUCUUAUUUUAAGUCCAAACACAGCAUUAACUCCAAGUGCUCAAAAUUUGGCCGUCACUCUCGGUUUAGUUAUCAUCAAGAUGAAAAAGAGGGGUAAAAUCGAAGAAAAGUUUGCAAAAGAUCUUCAACAGUACCUGAUCGAACAUCAGAACAUUCAAUUCUCCAAAAACGACGAAUAG